GAGGCAGCAGGGGGAAAAUGGCGGCUGUAGGGCCACAGCGGACAUGGAGUGCUGAGCAGCUGCUUAGCGAGGCACUCCCCAAGAAGGAUAUCAUCAAGUUUUUGCAGGACAACGGCUUGGAUUCGUUUCUUGCAGAACAUAAAUUACUUGGAAACAUAAAAAAUGUGGCCAAGACAGCAAACAAGAAUCAUUUAGUCACAGCCUACAACCACCUUUUUGAAAGUAAGUGUUUCAAAGGUACUGAGAGUGUUGCCAAAUUGACAGAGCAAGUGAAAAGUGUGAAGCUUGAUGAAGAGAAACCAAAGAAAGUCAAACCUGAAGAGACUUUAGAUGAGGGGCCACCAAAAUAUACAAAAUCUAUUCUUAAGAAGGGAGAUAAAACUAACUUUCCCAAAAAAGGAGAUGUUGUUCAUUGCUGGUACACGGGAACUUUACAGGAUGGAACUGUUUUUGAUACUAAUAUUCAAACUAGUGCAAAGAAGAAAAAGAAUGCUAAGCCUCUAAGUUUUAAAGUUGGAGUGGGUAAAGUUAUCAGAGGAUGGGAUGAAGCACUCUUAACAAUGAGUAAAGGAGAAAAGGCUCGCCUGGAGAUUGAGCCUGAAUGGGCUUAUGGCAAGAAAGGACAGCCUGAUGCAAAAAUUCCACCAAAUGCAAAACUCAAUUUUGAAGUGGAAUUAGUGGACAUCGAUUGAAGUUUUUAGUACUUAAGGAGUUACGUCUACCUGUGACCUUGUCUCUACUUGAAGAACUGACCUUAUUUCUAAGAAU